UUUCGACCUCCAGGAACAACAUUACACAAUCAUUUCAUUCUGGACCUGCUGAUGUUUGUCAGGGCCUCAAUAUUCCUCUACUCUCUGAAUUUCUCUGCCGUCAUUCUUCCUAUAAUCGUGUGAGACGAUCACAAUGAGUUCAACAGAAGGAACCGUUCUUGAGGAUCAACUGCGCAAGCUUGAAUGUCAUUUCACCUGGGAACUGAAAAAAGAAGACCUAGAUCUCACAGAUCUUUUAAAUAGGCUGGAACAGCAUGUUGACUUUAAACUAGGAGACAACGCAGGACUAGCGCAGACAUACAACUCUUUGGGGUUUGUUAAGUACCUUCUAGGGUCUCCUCAAGAAGCACUUGCCUUCCUGCAGAAGUGUGUAGAGCUCACUAAAAAGUACCGGGACAAUGACUGUGACAAGUGGCUCAUAGUGGCCUAUGGGAAUCUGGCUUGGCUACAGUACCGCAUGAAAUGCUUUAGUGAGUGUGAGAGUUACCUGGAGAAGAUCAGAAGCAUUGAACAGAAAUUCCCUGAUUCUCCUUUGGGUGUUCAUCAUGAAGUGCUUGGAGAAAAGGCUUGGGCCUUCUUCAAGUUCUCUCGCAAGUACUACAACCAGGCUAAAGACUGCUUUGAGAAGGCUUUGGAGCUCGAGCCCAGAAAUGCUCAGUGGAACUGUGGAUAUGCCUUUGUUCUCAACAGAAUAGAAACACAUGGCUUCGGUGUACCUAAGGUGCUAACAAUGAAACAACUGCGAAAGGCUGUAGAAGUAGAUCCAGAAAAUGAUGAACUUAAAGCUCUCCUAGCUGUAACGCUUGCUGAAUCCACAGAGUACGACGAAGGGGAGAAAUUAAUGGAAGAAGCUCUGGAGGGUUCUCCAAAUGCUCCUUAUGUCAUUCGAUAUGUGGGUAAAUUUUUGAGAGCCCAUGGCUCUGUGGAAAGGUCCAUCGCCCUGCUAAAAAGAGCUUUAGAGAAGUCACCCACAUCAGGAUUUAUACACCAUCAGCUAGCUCUGUGUUACAAGAGGAAAAAAAACGAUUUGCAACGUGAAGGAUGUCAAAACACCUCAAAAGCUGGUGAUGAGAUUCAGAUGCUUCGCAGUCAGUGCAUUUAUCAUUUAGACAAGGCCACCGAACUUAAGUGUGGCUUUGUUAUAGCUAUGACUGAGCUGGCAAUUCAGUACAGUGAGGAUGGGAAACUAGAUCGUGCUGAAGAGCUGUUUCAGCAAACUCUGCAGAUAGCUGAAGAGAAAAAUGAGAGCCUACAAUACGUUUAUCUCUGUUAUGCUCAGUUUCAGCAGUACAAAAAAAGAUCCCUAUUUGACGCCAUCACUUAUUAUAUGGAAUGCUUGAAGAUAGACAAAGACACAAAAGAUGGGAAGAAAAGUGCUAAACAUCUGACAAAGAUUAAUGAUAGACGGUCAUCUAAAAGCCCUGGGAGUGGAAAAGCCAAGAGGACCUUUGUAAGGAAAGAGGAGUGAAAUGCAGGCCCCUAGGCUGCUGUGAAACAUUCAAACAUUUAUAAAUAUCUUAAUAUCCUGUCUAUGCUGAGACUUGCUUUGUAACAGUGUAAUUGCAUUCUGCUACAAUGACUCUCGCUAUCAUUCUGAGUCUGAUCUUACACCAAUAAUACUCUAAUUUGUCUUGUUUAGCAGACACAGAAAAAUGUCUGUAUUAAACAUGUACACUUUAUUACUUAAACAGAAAUAAAUGCCCAUUCAAGAUAACAGCA